UUGAGGCCGGUCACUGGGGUUGAACGCAACCGACAAUUUCCCAUCGAGCAGCAAAAACUGAAAACUCCUGUCCACAGAAUGGAUCAAGGUUCGAGCAGUGGAGGAGUUCCAGUGGCGUCAACAUCAGGAAAGGACACGGGUCCGAGCUCAGUGAUCACCGAGCUCCUGUCAAACUGGGACGAUUCCCAGCUGCUGCAGUUGACGGAUAUCUACCGGGACAGGCUGGAGCAGGCGAUGGAAGGAGGGGUGCACGGAGUGAGCCUGGCGUUAACGGCCGAGAAUCAGUUCAGCGGAGAGGAACAUCGGAAAAUCUCUGAUCUCGCUGAUAAGGGAGAGCGGGCGGACAGUUCUAAACUCCUCCUGAGCCUGGUGAUGGAGAAAGGCUCCCGCGCCCGGAGGGUGAUGUGGGAAACCUUUGUGAAAAUGCGGAUUGGUGUCCCAAAGCUGGACAGAAUACUGAAGGAAUUACAGAUAUAUGGUUGUGAUCCUUCCCAUCGACCAAUUUCCGCUCAACUUUUACUAAAGGUUCUCAGUGAGCUGAAAGAUGUUCAACAGAAACACAAGGAGACUCUGCGGGCAAAAACUGAAACACUGAGAGUGAACACGAUCCUGAUGAGGGAGAAGGUGAAGGUUUUCCAGCUGGUUGAUCGAUACGCUGAGCUCACGGUCAUUUCUACUGUUCGAGAUCGGAGACUGGUGGAGCAUGAGCUGCUGGCAAGAGGCAGAGACCACGAGGAGUGGAGAGAAAAACAUCUCUGCGGAGAGCUGGAGAAACUCCAGAUGGAUCAGUUGUUCCAGAGCAGGUUUUCCCAAACUAACUCCAAAUCUGGGAGUUCGGCAGCAGUGGCCGGAGUCCCGGGGAUCGGGAAAACAACAAUGGUACAAAAGAUUGUUUACGACUGGGCCACGGGGAAAAUAUACCAACAGUUCCAGUUUGUCUUCAGUUUCAAAUUCCGCGAUUUAAACUCCAUUAACUGUAGAAUAAACCUGAAGGAACUGAUUCUGGAUCAGUAUCCUUACUUUGGGAAUAUCCUGAGAGAGGUCUGGAAGAACCCAGAGGGAUCGCUGUUUAUAUUUGAUGGUUUGGAUGAAUUCAAUGACCAAAUUAAUUUUUCUGACCGUCGGAGAGACACGGAAACUCGGUCCACAUGCACAGAUCCAGAUUUCAAGUGCAAGGUGUCUGACAUUGUGUACAGUUUAAUCCAGGGCAAGCUGCUCCCAGGGUGUUCAGUGCUGGUGACCACCCGUCCCACUGCGUUACAUUUAUUGGAAAAGGCUGAGAUCGGUACCGAAGCUGAAAUCCUGGGAUUUUCAGGUGAGGAACGGAAGGAAUAUUUCAUCAGACAUUUUGAAGAUCAGACGGUGGCGGAAGCUGUUUUCAAACACGUGAAGGAGAACGAGAUCCUGUACACCAUGAGCUACAACCCCUCCUACUGCUGGAUCCUCGCCCUGGCACUGGGCCCCUUCUUCACACAAAGAGUCAGGGACCCGCAGCGAGUUCCCAAGACCAUCACCCACCUGUACUCCUACUAUAUUUACAACAUCCUGAAAAACCACGGCCGUGAGAUUGAGAACCCCCGUGAUGUGUUACUCAGGGUUGGUCAGAUGGCCUUCAGAGGAGUGUCCGAGAGGAAGAUUGUGUUUACAGAUGGAGAUUUGAUCAACUACAAACUGCAGCCUUCCCAGUUCCUGUCCGGGUUCCUGAUGGAGCUUUUGGAGAGAGAGGAUUCUGCCCGGAGCGUGGUGUACACAUUCCCACACCUCACCAUCCAAGAGUUUGUAGCUGCAGUCGCACAAUUCCUGAUCCCAGAUGGCAGAGAUAUUACGAAACUCCUCACUGAAGCCCACUGUGUGAAGGAUGGGCGGUUUGAGGUAUUUCUCCGUUUUGUUGCUGGUCUCUCCAACCCAAUGGCAGCUCGGGGCCUGGAGGAGUUCCUGGGUCCAUUUCCUCAUGAAACAACCUGCCGGGUGAUUGACUGGGUGAAGGAGGAGGUUAAACGCCAGAGUGGAAACACAAGGAGUGAAGCUGGUAAAAGGAGCCUCCUGAACACAUUGCACUACCUGUUUGAGUCUCAGAAUCGUGGACUGGCUCAGGCCGCUCUGGGAUCUGUGGAAACACUUUCAUUCAGUGGAAUGACACUGACCCCAAUUGACUGCGCGGUCCUGUCUCAUGUCAUCGGACUCUGUGAUACAAUAAAACAGCUCGACCUGUGGAACUGCCACAUUCUGUGUGAAGGAAUCCAGCGGCUGGGACCCGGGCUACACAAGUGCCAGGAGUUGAGACUUGGGCGGAAUGACCUGGGAGAUUCAGGAGUGAAACUGGUGUCUGCGGCUCUGAGGAAUCCGGAGUGUAAAAUACAGAUACUGUGGCUGGGGGAUGUCGGUCUCACAGAUUCUGGUGCCGAGGAUCUCGUCUCCGCUCUCAGUACAAACCCAUCACUGACGGGGCUGAGCCUGAGUUAUAAUAAACUGGGAGAUUCAGGAGUGAAACUGGUGUCUGCGGCUCUGAGGAACCCAGAGUGUAAAAUACAGAAACUGGAGCUGUACGAUGUCGGUCUCACAGGUUCUGGUGCCGAGGAUCUCGUCUCCGCUCUCAGUACAAACACAUCACUGACGGAGCUGGACCUGAGUGAUAAUAAACUGGGGGAUUCAGGAGUGAAACUGGUGUCUGCGGCUCUGAGGAACCCGGAGUGUAAAAUACAGAGACUGGGGUUGAGCCAUGUCGGUCUCACAGAUUCUGGUGCCGAGGAUCUCGUCUCCGCUCUCAGUACAAACCCAUCACUGACGGAGCUGUACCUGGGAUCAAACUCUCUGACAAACCGAUCUAUCCCCGCUCUCCGCCGCCUCAUCCUGACCCUCCAGAGUCUGGAGCUGAUCGUGUGAGUGUUUGUGUUAAUGUUCAAUGUGAUAAAAUAUCAGCGGAUCCGCGGGUUUUCUGGUGAUAUUUGUCUGUGAGUGUUGUUGAAACAUUAACCCCGGUCCCCUGUUACUGACACUGUUGUGUGAUCUGUUUAUUUCAUCUUUAUUCUCCCAUCUGUUUCAGGCUGCGGGGGAAUCGGUUCAGUGAGACCGGGAUGAAGGAACUGAGAUCUCUGCGGGGAGUCAGACCCGGACUGAUGGUGGAUCUGAACAUCUGAAUGUGGGGAAUCGGUUCAGUGAGACCGGGGAGAAGGAACUGAGAUCUCUACAGGAACCCAGACCCGGACUGAUGGUGGAUCUGUGAACAUCUGAAUGUGGUGAAUCGGUUCAGUGAGACCGGGAUGAAGGAACUGAGAUCUCUACAGGAACCCAGACCCGGACUGAUGGUGGAUCUGUGAACAUCUGAAUGUGGUGAAUCGGUUCAGUGAGACCGGGAUGAAGGAACUGAGAUCUCUGCAGGAACCCAGACCCGGACUGAGAGUGGAUCUGUGAACAUCUGAAUGUGGGGAAUCGGUUCAGUGAGACCGGGAUGAAGGAACUGAGAUCUCUACAGGAACCCAGACCCAGACUGAGAGUGUGGAUCUGAACAUCUGAAUGUGGUGAAUCGGUUCAGUGAGACCGGGAUGAAGGAACUGAGAUCUCUACAGGAACCCAGACCCGGACUGAGAGUGGAUCUGUGAACAUCUGAAUGUGGUGAAUCGGUUCAGUGAGACCGGGAUGAAGGAACUGAGAUCUCUGCAGGAACCCAGACCCGGACUGAUGGUGGAUCUGUGAACAUCUGAAUGUGGUGAAUCGGUUCAGUGAGACCGGGAUGAAGGAACUGAGAUCUCUACAGGAACCCAGACCCGGACUGAGAGUGGAUCUGUGAACAUCUGAAUGUGGUGAAUCGGUUCAGUGAGACCGGGAUGAAGGAACUGAGAUCUCUACAGGAACCCAGACCCGGACUGAGAGUGGAUCUGUGAACAUCUGAAUGUGGUGAAUCGGUUCAGUGAGACCGGGAUGAAGGAACUGAGAUCUCUACAGGAACCCAGACCCGGACUGAUGGUGGAUCUGUGAACAUCUGAAUGUGGGGAAUCGGUUCAGUGAGACCGGGAUGAAGGAACUGAGAUCUCUACAGGAACCCAGACCCGGACUGAUGGUGGAUCUGUGAACAUCUGAAUGUGGUGAAUCGGUUCAGUGAGACCGGGAUGAAGGAACUGAGAUCUCUACAGGAACCCAGACCCGGACUGAGAGUGGAUCUGUGAACAUCUGAAUGUGGUGAAUCGGUUCAGUGAGACCGGGAUGAAGGAACUGAGAUCUCUACAGGAACCCAGACCCGGACUGAGAGUGGAUCUGUGAACAUCUGAAUGUGGUGAAUCGGUUCAUUGAGACCGGGAUGAAGGAACUGAGAUCUCUACAGGAACCCAGACCCGGACUGAGAGUGGAUCUGUGAACAUCUGAAUGUGGGGAAUCGGUUCAGUGAGACCGGGAUGAAGGAACUGAGAUCUCUACAGGAACCCAGACCCGGACUGAGAGUGGAUCUGUGAACAUCUGAAUGUGGUGAAUCGGUUCAGUGAGACCGGGAUGAAGGAACUGAGAUCUCUACAGGAACCCAGACCCGGACUGAUGGUGGAUCUGUGAACAUCUGAAUGUGGUGAAUCGGUUCAGUGAGACCGGGAUGAAGGAACUGAGAUCUCCACAGGAACCCAGACCCGGACUGAUGGUGGAUCUGUGAACAUCUGAAUGUGGGGAAUCGGUUCAGUGAGACCGGGAUGAAGGAACUGAGAUCUCUACAGGAACCCAGACCCGGACUGAUGGUGGAUCUGUGAACAUCUGAAUGUGGGGAAUCGGUUCAGUCAGACCGGGAUGAAGGAACUGAGAUCUCUACAGGAACCCAGACCCGGACUGAGAGUGGAUCUGUGAACAUCUGAAUGUGGGGAAUCGGUUCAGUGAGACCGGGAUGAAGGAACUGAGAUCUCUACAGGAACCCAGACCCGGACUGAUGGUGGAUCUGUGAACAUCUGAAUGUGGGGAAUCGGUUUAGUGAGACCGGGAUGAAGGAACUGAGAUCUCUACAGGAACCCAGACCCGGACUGAGAGUGGAUCUGUGAACAUCUGAAUGUGGUGAAUCGGUUCAGUGAGACCGGGAUGAAGGAACUGAGAUCUCUACAGGAACCCAGACCCGGACUGAGAGUGGAUCUGUGAACAUCUGAAUGUGGUGAAUCGGUUCAGUGAGACCGGGAUGAAGGAACUGAGAUCUCUACAGGAACCCAGACCCGGACUGAUGGUGGAUCUGUGAACAUCUGAAUGUGGUGAAUCGGUUCAGUGAGACCGGGAUGAAGGAACUGAGAUCUCUACAGGAACCCAGACCCGGACUGAGAGUGGAUCUGUGAACAUCUGAAUGUGGUGAAUCGGUUCAGUGAGACCGGGAUGAAGGAACUGAGAUCUCUACAGGAACCCAGACCCGGACUGAGAGUGGAUCUGUGAACAUCUGAAUGUGGUGAAUCGGUUCAGUGAGACCGGGAUGAAGGAACUGAGAUCUCUACAGGAACCCAGACCCGGACUGAGAGUGGAUCUGUGAACAUCUGAAUGUGGGGAAUCGGUUCAGUGAGACCGGGAUGAAGGAACUGAGAUCUCUACAGGAACCCAGACCCGGACUGAGAGUGGAUCUGUGAACAUCUGAAUGUGGGGAAUCGGUUCAGUGAGACCGGGAUGAAGGAACUGAGAUCUCUACAGGAACCCAGACCCGGACUGAUGGUGGAUCUGUGAACAUCUGAAUGUGGGGAAUCGGUUCAGUGAGACCGGGAUGAAGGAACUGCGAUCUCUACAGGAACCCAGACCCGGACUGAGAGUGGAUCUGUGAACAUCUGAAUGUGGUGAAUCGGUUCAGUGAGACCGGGAUGAAGGAACUGAGAUCUCUACAGGAACCCAGACCCGGACUGAGAGUGGAUCUGUGAACAUCUGAAUGUGGGGAAUCGGUUCAGUGAGACCGGGAUGAAGGAACUGAGAUCUCUGCAGGAACCCAGACCCGGACUGAUGGUGGAUCUGUGAACAUCUGAAUGUGGUGAAUCGGUUCAGUGAGACCGGGAUGAAGGAACUGAGAUCUCUACAGGGAGUCAGACCCGGACUGAUGGUGGAUCUGUGAACAUCUGAAUGUGGUGAAUCGGUUCAGUGAGACCGGGAUGAAGGAACUGAGAUCUCUACAGGAACCCAGACCCGGACUGAGAGUGUGGAUCAGUGAACAUCUGAAUGUGGGGAAUCGGUUCAGUGAGACCGGGGAGAAGGAACUGAGAUCUCUACAGGAACCCAGACCCGGACUGAUGGUGGAUCUGUGAACAUCUGAAUGUGGGGAAUCGGUUCAGUGAGACCGGGGAGAAGGAACUGAGAUCUCUACAGGAACCCAGACCCGGACUGAUGGUGGAUCUGUGAACAUCUGAAUGUGGGGAAUCGGUUCAGUGAGACCGGGGAGAAGGAACUGAGAUCUCUGGAGGAACUCAGACCCGGACUGAGAGUGGAUCUGUGAACAUCUGGCCUUUAACCUUUAUCUUACCUGGAACCCAGACCCGGACUGAUGGUGGAUCUGAAUGUGCGAACAUCCCCGCCCGCGGGAUGGGGACAUUUGGCCGACUCCCCGCCCUCCCCUUUAACUCCCGCCCUUACCUUUAACGGCCGCGCGCCUGGUUCAACUUUCAACGGUUUUAACGGACCCGGCUCGGGCCUCGCGCUGUGUGCGUCGCUCGCAGCGGUCCCGCAGUGACGUGUUUCCGCCUGUUGUCCGGCGGGACAGCUUCCGCCGGAAGUGCGUGUACGAGACACCGACGUGACUCCCCGGGGAAUUACCCGGACAGGAAGAGCCCGGGGUCCGGGGCUCAGUCUGGGACACCGGUGUCCCGGGGUGGGGGGGAUGAUCCCGGGAGAGAAUCCUUUUGCCCCCUUUGCUGAGGACGGUGCAUUCGGCAGCCUGGCCGAUAUAAUGAUGUUAAAUGGACAAAUCCCUCGGCAGUGACCCUGGAUCUGCAGCGAUCCCGGACACGGCCCUGAAGUGUGAUUUUAUAAUCAUCGGUUCCCCGAUGCAGAGUGACGGUGAGAAACGGGACUGAUUAUUCAACCGGUCACUCCUUGUCACCAGUCAGUUAAUUGUGUGUGACUGUGAGUGAGUCGGGAGCAGCUUAUUUAUUCCCGCACGUCAGCAGCUCACACAUUGUUUCAUUUACAUUUGUCAUGAUGAAAUAAAUAAAUCUGUAACUUCCUG